AUUGACACAACCCCUGUGUACAGGACUCAGGCAGGGUCGUCCUUCAGUGUAUCUGGAUAGCUUUCACCCCAGCUCAUAAUAGGCGGAACGUUAAUAGCAGUACGUAAAAGGAAACUACACCGCUGUGAACCAUGGCUGCAAAGAUUUUGCCCGUAUUGAAACUGGCCACCAAGGUGACCAUUGCAGGAGGAGCUCUUUACGUCGCCUGUGACUCUGGUCUGCUGGGAAGCAGUGAGCAGGGCUCAGAGGCCCUGGGGAAAGCCAAGGCUGCAAUACCCCCUGCCAUAGAGGAAUGGAUGAAGUACUUUGGCCUGGAGGCUCAGCUUCCAACCUUGCCUAAGAUUGAAUUCUCCCCUGUUCAGACAUGGAACUCCGGAGUGCGGUGGACAAUUUCAAGUCUUUCGGAGGCUCCAACAAAAGCAAAUGAAUACACAAAUCAGGGUUUGCAGUACCUGAAGGACCUCACCAAGUAAACAGAAACUCUCUGGACAACCUGACAUUUAUCAGCCUUUUUGAAUAUUGCACUUGAGAAAUGACGUUACUUCUUCAAAACUUGUAGCCAGUCACAAGAAAGAAGAAACACCCACCAUGAAAGAAAAAGUGUUAGAUGAAAAGUGGGUACUGUAAAUGUUAGUGGCAUUGGUUGGGAGUUGUAUUGUACAUAAUGCUAGGAAGCAAAAUGUAUUUUUCCCUUUGUUCUCAAACUACCCAAAUGUUAUGAAGAUAAUGUCUGUUGUGUAUAUAUGCAGUUUCACCAUUUGUGACUAAAUAAUACAUCGAUCUUAAAACA